AUGCCACCCCGUAGGGAACCUGAACAGCCAGCGGUCCCCCAGGCCACAAUGGUCGCCCUGUUCCGCGAAUACCACCCUGAGAAGUUCUCCGGCCAGGGAGAUCCGCAUAUUGUAGAUGAGUGGAUUCAGGGCCUCGAAUUGAUUUUUGAGGUCAUGGACU